AUGGCGCUCCCUGCAGACUCGGACCCGUCCACCGUUCUGAGGGAAGCGAAAGGCCUUGCACUUGACUUGAAGAAGAGCUUAAAGUCCACCCCUCCUUGGGAUCGCGCUGUGGAGUUGCAGCGGCAAAGGCUGAGAGAUCAUUAUGUCCAGCUCAUAUUCCAGGAUUUACGGGCAGAUAUGGCUCAGCAGCAUCUGUGGUCUGAGACUUCCCACGCCAUCAUUGACGUCUACCGUGCUCGUAUACAGCAAAUAGAAAGUGCCAUUGGCGCCGAUCGCGCCGAACUCCGGGGCAAUCUUCGGCGUAGCGCCCACGGCCCGGUCGAGCUGCGAAAGGUGUCGCAAAGCUUUCGCACUUUUCUUCUGCAAGAGGAGAAAUUCUGGCGACAAUUCAGCCUUCGGCUCGUUUCUUCUUACGGACUCAUGGAGGUGCUUUCUAUUCUUGCCCAAGUGGGAAUUUCCGAAGAACCCGUGCUGGACGACGAUGUUAACCAGCCAGACUUGAACAGCUCUCGGGCUAUGGUUACCGACGAAAAACGGAUCGAUAAAAUCGACAUGUUGCAGCGAUCUAUCAUUUACUUAGGAGAUCUUUCCCGCUACCGCGAUCUGAACGAAGCCCAAUCAAAUUCCAAGAGAACGAAAGGUCGCAAUGGGAUCGACAGUAUGGAAAGAAAAAUCUCGAGGGAUUUCACAACCAGCGAAGCUUAUUAUCAAGCCGCAAUCGUUCUCGCCCCGAAUAAUGGAACUCCGUUCAACCAGCUUGCAAUCCUGGCUACAUAUCAAUCCAAUUCCUUCGAUGCUUUGUACUAUUAUUACCGAGCUGCAUGCACAACUCAGCCUUUCGGCACUGUUUCUGAAAACCUCGAAAGGUUGUUAUCCAAAGCGAUACAGACGUACCGACGUGCCCAGACGGAUGAAGAAUCUCGUCCACCUAUGGAAGAUCACACAAAUGCCGUAGAUGCCUUAAAGCAGGACGUUGUCAUUUUGCAUGGUCUUUGGGCCAGGAACAGUCGCUCCACAUCUGCCAAGUUGUGUCAUUCUAUCGAAAACCGCUUUCACUCCCUGAUUGUGGAGCGCACUUUGCCUCCCGAAGUUCUUGUGCGUCUGCUGCUCAUGGAUUUCGCUGUCCUCUGGCGUACGGAAAACUCAAAGGUGUCUACACGAGAGCCUUCGGAUGGUGGAGCACCUGUGGAAUCGUCUUCGAGCACCUGGCCCAUUCUAUGCCAUAUUCUCGACCUUAUCAGCGAUCUCUUUACCAUUGCUCAAGAUGAAGUGAGCCAAGCCGACGUCCAAGCAAGCCCCGUACUGCGUAUUUCUGCCAUCCUGCGUCGUGUUUUGCCCGCUCUAAGAUUGGCUAGCAAAUGGAUGUGUUCACGUUUCGCAUCCUCGGAAUGGGAUCAACCACCUUCGUCAGACCUUGCGGCUCGUCUGACAAUCUUCUGGGCAUCCUAUGUGGCAUUCCUCAAUGUGAUGUCUUGCUCGUUUCCGCUCUCAGACCUCCCCAAACCGAACCAGAUCUUGGAGGAAGAUUUUACGCCGAUUGGGUUUCUGCCAAUGCUUGCCCGUGACGCUGUCCCCCAUAUUUCUGCUCCAGCAGCUGCAGCAAAGUAUCAUCCAAACGAGGAACAUCUCAUCCGCAUUGCUGAUCUACUAUGGGAUGGUAUUACUCUCGCCCAGGCAGAAGCUACACCGCUGACGCCCUCUGACUUGCUUUUCGGUUCUAAUGAUCCAUCGGCUAAGUGGACACCGAAGCUUGACGAAAAGCCUAAACGCACGGGUGUAGCUUAUGUGGCUGGACAAGCGGAUCCGGUUGUGUUGUCAGAGAAGGAUGACGAUGUCAGCACCACUACCUCCGACGAUCCUGUGAACAUGGCUAUGCGCGUCGGAUUAGGAUUGAGUUCUCUUACAGAUGCUGAAGAAGAGGAAGAAGAUGUCGUACUGUUUCCGAGGGCGCCGGUGGAAAAUCAUGCAGUUGAACUUUCAGGUCCUACUGCUCAGGACUUGCUUCUGCAAGUGUUGGGGCUGCCUGAGCCAGCAACUCCGAAAGGCACACCAAGAGCUGUCACGGCGGGUGUAGCUGUUUCAGUGAAGAGCUCACCACGGGUAUCGCAACCCGCUAUUUUAUUCGGACCCAAUAUCUGGUCUGGGCCUGGGUUUGCACCUCAACAGGGGGUACAACAAUCAGCUAUUUCCUUAUACGGGCCGUAUCGAUCUGGGCCAGGCGGAGUUGAUCAAACCUUUGGUGGUACAUCGUAA